UGUGCUUUUGGUCUGAAACAUUGUUUAAAGCAAGUUAUGGCUGCUUGUCUAUUAUCAAGUAAGCUACAGAGUGAUGAUGAAAAGGAUCUGGUUUCAGCUACGCAGUUGAGACCUAGACUGAAACGAUUUGGACUGAGACGAAGACCUGUCCUGAGAUACAAUGAAAACAAAAAGUCCAUAGCUACAGUGAAACGAACUCGAAAAAGAAUACAAAGAAGAUACUUUCAAAAGAGACGGCUUCUCCCUAAAAUAACAAAGGCUCACCUAGAGUAUGGCAGUGCUAGAUUGGUAGCAAGUACAAUAUACAUAAUGGACCAUCCUGUAUCCACAUUCAUGAUCCAGGUGUUUGAUGUUGAUGUUGACGCAUAUUCUGAUGCUGUUGACACAUGUGCUCAUGCUAACGUGUGUGGUGAAUAUGCCAAGGACACCUACUCUUACUUAAAGCAGCUAGAGAUGGAUCAAACAAUUCGUUACCACUACCUGAAUGGUCAAAACAUCACCCCAACACUUCGAGCUAUAACCGUAAAUUGGCUUGUGCGCAUCCAUUUACUCCUCUGUUUAAACCAGGAGACUUUAUUUACAGGUGUAUGUAUUUUGGAUCGGUUUCUACAGGCCAAUCCUCUGGAUAAGAAAAUGCUGCAACUGGCUGGGCUAACCUCCUUGUUCAUUGCAUCGAAAUAUGAGGAACCAACUCCCAAACCCAUUGCUAAGUUUGUGUCUUCAUCCAUACACCAUAUCCCAGUUGAUCAGAUCAAAGAGAUGGAACUUCAGAUUCUUGUUGCAUUGGAGUUUAAAGUUGGGACAGCAACUUCUCUGCAGUUUUUGUGGAGAGCAUCAAGAGUAAUGGGUUUGGAACCUUUUUCUCACACUUAUGCAGAAUUUCUAAUGGAAUUGGCCAUGACGGACUACGACAUGGUUCAUAUGGCUCCAUCAAAAAUAGCAACAGCAGCCUGCUACCUGACCAUGACAUUCUUAGAAGAGAGAGAUUGGCAUCCAGUUCUCCAGUUUUACAUGGGUCAUUCAGAAGAAGAUAUAAUGGUUGUUGUAUAUCACCUAGCAAAGAAUCUGGUUAAAAAUUAUUCUAAGCGUACUCUAGAAAGGGUGGUCUUUGACAAGUAUGACACUGAGGAAUAUGACAACAUGAGCAGCAUACCACUUUUUUAUAUGGAUAUUUUUAUGACCUGGCAGGGGAAAGUUAUGACAUUGUGUGACCUGGCAAGGAAAGUGUGCUGAACAUCCAUCC